AUGUUUUCGAGGUCAGCAUUCUGUUUAAGGGGAGCUAGCAAGGCACUAAGAAACUUUUCGGUGGCUUCCCAGGUAUGUACAAGCAUCAUUUCUCGUUCUGAUGAAGAUUCCUAGUAUCGGCCGGUCACACUUGGUCUAUAUAUUUAGGCAGGUUGUGUAAUGACUUUCCUCUGUUAUAUGUCUUUGCAGCACCAACAGAAAGUUGCUGUUCUUGGUGCUGCUGGGGGAAUUGGUCAGCCUAUGUCAUUGUUAAUGAAGGAGUCACCAGCCAUCAGCCAUUUGGCCUUGUACGAUAUCGUCAACACCCCAGGUAGGCAGUUCAAACCCGCUUUUGCCGAAAAUCGCCAGUCUUUUCCACUGGAAUAAUGAGGAAUACAGAGACAGAACUGUUUCAAAACUUAAUUGAGACCUUGGGAAAAAGGAUCUGUUUGGAGCUGGGAGAAGGGGUCUGUUUGAAGGGAGUAGUAAAAUCUUCAAACAGGGCCCAAGUCUCCACUUUGAAAACAGAUCCAGGCAAAUUAUGAAGUAACUGUCCACUCCCAAUGGGGAAUGUGAUUUAGCGGGGCACUAUCCUUGAAUCAAUGGCCAAUAUGCAACAUGCACCAGCUGUGGUUAAAACAGUACUCCACCUGACUAAACAGCAACCUUGGGAUUAAUAAUCAUCAAGUUUUGCUUUAGACAAGGGGCAAAACAAAACAGUCUGCAACUCUUUUGAUUCCCAAAACUGUAAGAAAUCCCAGUACCUUAGGCAAAGGAAGUGGUCAUCAUCAUCCUUUUAACUUCAUGCAGCAGCAGGAAAGCAACAGGUUUGCAGCAGCAGAUAAAUCCUGUGAAUACAGCCAUCUCUCUGCGGUACUUUUUGUGGGGAGUCCCUGCAAUUCAGCCCCCAAAAUUCCAUACUGAUGGCAUAGAUUUGUCCGCAAUCUGGUCAGCAAGUGCUGAUUGGUCAACAUAGUAAUUUUAAAAGGUUGAGUUUGAUCGUCCGGGUGAAUGUAGUCCUGAAUAGGAAUGUUGUUGUUGACAGUGACUGACGUUUCGACAACCUGUGCGGUAGUCAUCUUCAGAGUCAAAGUGAGUUGUAUCACGUCAGUUGAUGGUAUUAUACUCUGGUUAUUGAUCUGAUUAGUCAAUUAUGUCGCGAUGUUAUUGGUCGUCUGUCAGUUAAGCCGUGAUGUUAUUGGCUAUGAAUACUCGUAAUCAGUCAUUGGUGCGUUUCGAUCCGUCUAUUGUCACAGUUAAACAGUCGUCUGUUGUUAGUCAAAUUGUCAGUUCUCCAGUUGUUCUCUCGUAGUUAGUUUUGUUUGAUCUCGUUAACAAGUCGUUUGUACGGCGCUGGUAACUGUUGGCUAUGAUUCAGUGGCGUUUGUUCUAAGUUAGUAAACCAGCUUUCUAAAGUAAGACGUUGAUAGUAGUCUGUAGAAUACGUCAUACAUGUCGCAGAGUCCCAGUCAAUUUGAUGUUUCGUCUUUAAAUGGUGCUCAGCAAUGUGAUUGUUGACGUCACCAUUCCUCGUCGCGCGUUUGUUUUCGGUCAGUCGCGUGCUUAGUAAUUUUAAUAGUAAUUUUAAUCUUUUAGCUAUUGUUUAUGAAUGCAGACAAAAGACAGAAGGUCACAACGAUCAAAUAUAAAAGCCAUGAUUCUACUUAAAACAGUCAUUCUUUUUUACGAGAAGCAUUUGAGUUUUGCUCCUGCUCAUUCACUGAAGAACUCAAAACUUUAUGAUGAUAUACUGGGAGAAAAAUAAACUAGAACAAAUUUUAACAUUAAUUUUGUAACCUCAUGACCACCAGAUGUAUUAUGUACACAUUGAAUCAUGUCAUCAGUAUAGAACUUUUUUGGGUACGAAUUGCAGAUAUCUCUCUCUCAGAAUGUCCAUCCCAUGAGGAGUAAGGAGAGACAGCUGUAUUCACAGGCAACAGCUGAUAGAGACUACAUUUUUUGAAGCAGCGGCAGGUGUUGGUCUCCUUUCCAAUGUUUUAACAACCAAUUCAUUGCAGAUACCAUAAGUCCUUCGUAGCUCAGUGGCUAGACCAGUGUGGGGAAGGUCAUAGGUUCAAUUCCUGUUGGAGAUUCAGAUUUUUUUCUUUGUCCCGUGGCUGUGACAUGUUGAUUACGUCAUUUCUCAAUUCAUUGCUGUUACUGCAAAAGUUAUUCAAACUAUGGGUAGUAUCCUGAUCAUUGAGGGAAAAUUUACUGGAAGAGUAAUAAAGCCCCUGGCUACUUACUCUCACUGAUAUGGUUCCAGAAUCAUCUGAAUUCCUUGCUUUUUAUUGACCAGGAAUUUAUUUUCUUUUUGUUUUCAUCUGUAAUUUUUUUCAAUGUUACCCAUAUAUUUUUAUGCCAGUUACGGUAGCUGCUCCUGGAUUUCUAAGAAUGGAUAGAUUAUUUCAUAGUGGCUUACAUCUGUACUGCAACCUCACUAUGAACUUGCGCCUAGUGAAGGAAGGAGGAAAGAGAAGCAGCAAUUUUAUUCCUUGGUGAUUUUGUUUGUACACAAAAAGCAGUGUAGGCUCAACCAUGAUGGAUAGUUGGUGAUUUUUGACAUUACCUUUACCUUAAUAAGCGAAACCCACUAUAAUGAUGACAAAGAAAUGCCAGCACAUGAAAUGUCAGAAUUUGAAUGCUUUUGAAGUGGUGUCUGCCUAGAAUUGAUCUUACCAAAAUUGUCAUCGUUAGCCAUGGUAUUAAGAGGGGUUCAGGGGAUAGAGGUGACAGGGCUUGAAAAAAGUCCCAUCCAGUAGUCCAGUACAGGGGCGGAUCCAGGAUUUUUCUUAGAGGGGGUUGCACCACGUAAGGAAUAGCAUAACUGACUGGUGAUGUAAACAAAUUUUAAUACAGAAUACCAGUUGUAAUAGAAAGCUGCAGGUCUUCUCAGGGGGGGGGGGAGGAGUUGCUCCCCCUGCAACUUCCCCUUAGAUCCGCCCUUGAGUAUGAAAAGGUUUUCUUGCCUAAUGGGCGAGGGUUCAGGCAAGUCAUCCUCUAACUAAAUCAUUAACUAAAACAAGUAAGUAGUUCCCUCAGGCAAGGAAAAUGAGAGAGCUGCACGUUCAAAGGAAGUGUUGGAUAUGAGUUUUUUUUUUCCAAGCCCUGGGAGAGUUCUACUUUCUAGUUGUGGGUGAGAGGAUUCAAAAUGCAAGCAAUUUCUGAAGCUUGAGAUGUUGGAUAGCAACAUAUAGUGACAUUUCCUCUCUUUACAUCAAUAUUUAAUUUACAUGUGGUUUUGUUUUAUUCAUUGUAGGUGUUGUAGCUGACAUUAGCCACAUCUGCACACCUGCUAAAGUAAGUAAUUAAGUGAGUACACUGAGUACUGUAGCAGAAUUAAUUCAGUCGGUAGAGCACUUGACUGUGGAAUGGGAGGUCGCUGGUUCGAUUCCCUAGACAGGACCAAGUUCGGUACAUUUUGGAGUUUAUUUAUUUUGUUUGAAUAUAUUAGGUAACAAGCCACCAAGGACCUGAUGAUUUGAAAGGGGCUCUAGAAGGCUGUGCUGCUGUUGUUAUACCUGCUGGUGUUCCAAGAAAGCCAGGUACAGUGAAACCUCAAUUAUCUGGUUCUGUCAGGAUUGGGAUAGAUAGUCCUGAUAAUAUUGAAAAAAAUAUUAGCAAGGUUAAAAUGGCUAAAAUGUUAUGAUCGGUUAGCUGAAUUGUUGCAGCAAGUGGUCGUUAUACUAUAAUUGUAAGGUAUGAAAACUGCUUGAAGUUAGUAUAAAUAACCUGGCUGUUCUUACUUUGAAACCCAGUUUUCAUGAAGGAAGCAGCAAAGGCUGUCACUAAGUUUCGAUGUAAGGCAAAAAAUGGGAAACAUUGUAAGGGAUUUGACAUUAAUUUUCGUGUUAAUAUGUCUUGUUUCUACUGAAGGUAGGUAAUGUUUCUAAUAGACAGUCCCCACCCUUAAAUAUCUUAACUUGAAAAAAUUGCAGCAUAUAGGUGAAAUAUUGUAGCUGAGUAAAAUAAUAAUAUGAAUUUCUGGUUUUUUGCUGCUUUUAAUGAUUGACUUUUGUUUGUGGCUGUUGCUUCAUCAGGAAUGACCCGGGAUGAUCUGUUUAAUACAAAUGCCUCUAUUGUACAGACCCUCACUGAAGCUUGUGCACAGUAAGAAUUUCUUAAUUUAUUAUUUCCUUCAGUCUGGAUUUUUUUUUUCAUCGUAAGAUUUUAGUCUUAGUGAGCAGGUUGCCAGAUUUAUAUCGAUGCUCUUUUUUCUUUUAGGUUUUGCCCAAAAGCCAUAAUUUGUAUCAUUUCUAAUCCUGUAAGUAUUAUGUUGUAGGUCAAAAUUAAUAUUGAAUUCAAGUUAAAUUUGUUGUUUGAACGUAGGUCGAUUAUCAAUUUUCUUUUGUCUCCCAGCCCUACAUUAAUUUAUAGUAUUGUUCAUGAAUUAGGGUUUCGAGGUUUUUGUAAGUAACUGUUCUGAGGUGGUAUAAACAUGUGUAAACCAUCUGAAUUAAUGUGUGCCUUUUUGAACAUUUUUGCAGGUUAAUUCUACUGUUCCAAUUGCCUGUGAAGUAUAUAAGAAAGCAGGAGUUUUUGAUCCAGCCAGGUACCUUCAGCACCUCUUUUGUUGCAUAUCAGUGCUGUAGUGAUGGCCAGUUUCCAAUAUUGUUUGUCCAAGUUCUUAACUACACUGUAUUUGACUACUUGCAGUUACUCCUUCUUCUGGCCCCAGUUGUUCAAAAUAAUAGUGAAUAUUCUAUCCAGUGCGUAAUACCAUAUUGGUUUCCGUAAUUUACCUAUCCACUGUGUAGUGAUUUAUCUGGUGGACAGUGGUAUCCAUUGUAUGAACAACCAAGGCUUGCCAUGGAGAUGGAGUGGGAGGGAAUUGAUUUAAUUGUUGUUAAUUCUGUGGAUACUUUUCAUCAUGUAGUGGUACGUGUAUUUUGUGCGUACAUAACUGCAAGAAUGAUCCUGAUAUAAAAAAGAUGGAAAAAGCCACAUUACAUAGAUCGAGGAGGCACUGGGGAUUGCAGUUUGCCAUAUAAAUUUUACAAUGCAUUCAUUAAGUUUUUAUUCUUUUAUUUCUUCCUAGAAUUCUUGGUGUCACCACUUUGGAUGUUGUCAGGGCACACACAUUUGUUGCAGAAACUAAGGUUAAUAUUGAACAAUGGAUUACUUUGGAGUCAAUAAAACCAAUAUCCUAAUAUCAUUAUCAUUUAAAAGUAUUGGUCUUGAACAUUCCCCCCCCCCCACCCCCCACCUUUCAGUGUAAGGCCAAGUGAAAAACGUCUUAUGUCAAAAAGGAGUAAUACAUAAAUAAGAAUAAAGAAACAGGCAAGGAAAAGAAUUUAACAGUAAUACUUGUUUAGCUUUCUGGUAAUGCUCUAUGCUAUCGUCGGCAUGAAUGAACGAAUGAAUGAAUGAUGGUAAUGUCAUAUAUAUUGUUCUUGUAGCAGACAGCGUUAAUGCAUAACCUUUGGACCAGAAAGUACCGGGUGUGAUACCUGCCAUAGCCCUUUUUGACGAGAAUAAAAUAGAAUUCCUUUUUUCUUCUUUUUUUUUUCUUAAGCCAAACAAUUAGAAAGAUAUAAAAUACAGCCAAUAGAAAACAAAUGUAGUGAAAAAACAAGGUACACUGAGUAAAACAAACUAUUAAAUAAUUUUAAUUUUCCCUUUGGAAAAUAUGUCCCCAUAGUACACGGCGUUAGUGUUCAGGGUAGCGGUACUGGGUUCAAAACCCGGCAUCGUCCAAAUUUUUUUAAAUAGAUUUCUUUUUCCCUCUUUUUUAUGGUUACUGGAGUGCAGACUAUUCAUCGCCAGUCAGCUUGUGUCCUCCCUCUCAGAGGACCAUUUUUUCGCAAAAGAGGCUCUAAGAGCAGCUUGGAAAUGGCCUCCUCUGAGGGGUUGAGUACUGACAAAGCACGCACUGUAAUUAUCUCCAAAGCUGCAAUCUUUCAAGAGAGGGGUACAGAUUUUUUUGUGGAAUAACAGAUUGUUUGAGAAUGUUAAUGUUAUUCUCUCCAACCAGUGACACAGGUCACUGGUGAUGUCAUUGCCUGUAUUUCUAUGUUCUAGGGGCUUAACGUGGAAGAUGUUAAAGUACCCGUUAUCGGUGGUCAUUCUGGUAUCACAAUUCUGCCUCUUUUAUCCCAGGUAAUAUAUUUAGCUUGUGCUCCAGUCAUACAUGUAUUAAGUCUUAGUAACUUGGCUCAGUAAUUUUUAAGAAACUGGAAAAAAGAAACCCAAACUGUAAUUUUCAGCAUUGUAAUGGACAUCAAAGAAUAGGUCUUAUUAAUAAUGGUUGUCUUUUUUCUCUUUAGUUCAUAAAUUAAUCUUCUAUUAACGCUCAGAAGGCUUUAAUAUACAGCAGUAGAGGAGCCUUUAAACAGUGACAUUCUGCCGGAAAUGGCUUGUACUGAAAUCCCUACUGUAGAAUAUUAUUUUUGUGUAGAAAAUACAGUUAUUGUAAUUCAUAGCGUUAGCUUUUACUAGUAAAACUGACAUCACAUUAAUUUUGGUAUAGGUUACACCCAUUACACCAACCUACACUGUACUAAGCAUACAGUACUUUGUUUUCAGUCAGGGAUUUUCAGAGGCGAACCUUACAACAUCUUAGUAUUUCCAGCUUCUCUCACAACACGUUUUCAAAGAUAAACUUUUCCUCUAUUGUUUGCCACAGAUUUACAGAAUCUAGAUGUUACACCAAUUUUUGCUACAAUUAAAAAACAAUGGACUCAGAAGACUCAGGAGUAUUAUUUUUAUUGAUGGAUAAAAUAAAUUGCAUUUGAAUCUGUUAUGAUUUUGUUUUCAAGACAUCUCCUAGUGUGUCAUUUACUGAUGAGGAAGUUGACAAGCUCACUGACAGAAUCCAGAAUGCUGGGACGGAAGUAGUGAAUGCCAAAGCAGGAUCUGUAAGAUGAUUGUUUUUCUUCAAUCUGUUUCCUUUUUUUGUUUCGUGUAGCACAAUAAAGGUUUAUGAAUAAAUAAUAUUGUUACAUUUCAUGUAAAGAACAAUAUUAUUUAUCCAUAAAUAAUAACAAUCUUUGAAUGCUGAUUAAUUAUGUAAACAUUGAUUUAUUGGCUGUUAAUGCAGACAUCUCUUCUGUGAAACAUCCCUAGCAGCGACGAGCAAGGAGAGGUGGCUGCAUUAAUAGGCUAUUUAAGUAAUGCAAUGAUGUUGAUUUACAUUAAUGCAUAUCAUUCAGAAUGACAAUGUCAUAAUGUAGCACUAAUUCAUGACUGUCAACUGUUACUUUAGGGAUCUGCAACACUCUCAAUGGCAUAUGCUGGGACAAAGUUUGUUAACUCUGUAAGUAAAGUUUGUAAAUUACAAGUUAUGAGCUAUUUUAACAUUAGUUAGCAUGUCUAGGUUUCCCAGGGGUUGGACUCUGCUACUGAUGAUACAUGUACUGUAACACAGUAUUACCUGCCACAUGAACAAGACAUAGUGGUCUUCCAUCAGCACUAUGCUAGUGAGGAGGGUGACAUGUCACCCAGCAGGAGAAAAAACAAAACCUGUGAAAGGGUGAAUGAGCUCCGUGUGAGCCAAAUGCAACCACCAGCAUGCUACUGGUGCUGUGGAGCAAGAAGGGUACAAUUUAACAGACUCAACCUGUUGUAUCUCCAGCCGUCUCACUUGUCCUGCUUCUGGACCCCAGAUAACUCAGGACAAAAGACUGAGACUGAGACACAGUGCAACCCUCCUUCACUUUCAUCCAAUUCACAUGCAAGUCAAAACACCACUUCCCCUUUCUUGUGGUGUUCUUGAUCAUUGUUGACAACAGUGGAUGAAAGAAAAGUAAACAACACACAAUAUAAACACAUAGAAAUUAUCUAAGCAAAGGAAAGCAACUUCUUUCUUCUGAGAAUAAUGACUGCAAAAUUAAUCACAGCCAAUGACCACCAUGGUAAUAGCCUGCUAAUAAGCUCCCAAGUGGAGUGGGGAAAAAAAGAAAUUGUUGAGCUAAGCAAGCUGAGCAGGGCCUGCAGGAGAAAAAAGAAGGAGUAGCCUGUAGACUUUGUUUUGAUGUGGCCUAUCCUCCCACUUGCAAUAACUGUAACACAUAUGUCAUUAACAUGUCAAUAUGGUAAUUAUACCUCCUCUCGAAUAAUAUUUUUUUGCUCGAAUGCAUCGGCUUCAAUGACGUUCAUACACACGUUGUUAUUAUUCAUCACUCACUUGUCAACAGUCAGUGACCUGACCAUGGGCAGCAUCAAAACAAAUUCUACAGGCUCCCCGGCCUUUUUUCUUCCCCAUUCCAUGCUCGGCUCACUUCUCUUGCUGAUUUUCUUUUUUGCCCCACUCCUCUUGGGAGCCCGUUCACAGGCUAUCAUGGCAAUCUCUCCCCUUUCACUAGUUUCUUCCUCACUGAUAAUAGAGUUGAACCGCAAACACCAGUGAUUAUAAUUUUAUUUCCUGAUCAUUUUGAUAUUAAUUUAUCAUUUUUGUUUUCUUCCGUUGUGGAACUCAGUUAUUGAGUAUAGUAAUAAUAUUAUAAGUCAAGACUUAAGUUAUUACAAAGUUAAAAAAUGGAAUUAUCUGCAAUAUUCAGGUCCUUGAUGCUUUGAAUGGCAAGCAAGGAGUUACUGAGUGUGCAUUUGUCCAGUCAGAUGUCUGUGGCACUGGUUACUUUGCACAACCUGUAGAGCUUGGGGUAGGUGAUUGGGCCUUUACAUGAUUGCUGUUUUUAAUUGCAUUCUGUUUCCAUCCUUUUUCUUUAGGGAGUGGGAGGGGGCGGGGUGGGCAUCUUAGGGGACAGGGCUACAGAAACAAGUGGGAGUGGGAGGGGGUGGAAUAAGUGGAUCAGGUUGCUACCCUCUUAGGAAGAGACGUACAGAAACAACAGAUGGCUUUCUCUUUGUAGGUUUCUGAUUUUUUUAUCCUGGCCUAUAUUUUGCUCUGUUUUGUUUUGUUUUGUCUUUUUUCACUGAAUAAUUUUACCAUUAUGCGGUGAACAGGGAGUUAUGAUUUGAUCAGUUAGAUUGAUAUAAUAGGCACUCAGGAUUGAUAGCAUUAUCUAGAAUUACUUUCUUUAACUAUCCGAUUUUGUUAUAAUAUCUGAUAUUCUUUUUGUAUCUGCUUUCAAAUAGCCAAAUGGUGUAAAGAAUGCCCUCGGUUAUGGAAAACUUUCUGCCUAUGAAGAAAAAAAGCUGGAAGAGGUACGUGGAAGCUGAUUGUCAGAGUGGUUUUCACUUGGAUAUUUUAAAGGGGCUAUGUGAUGCGAUAUGCUAUCUUUCAAAAUGCUGAAACUUCAGGUCUUCUUCAGGUCAAAUGAAUUCCAAAACUAAUGGUCCAGUUUUGUUAUUUAAGGCUAUAUUUAGGCACUGAAACUGUUUCCUGUCACCUGUAGAAACGGAUGGCAAGGAUGGACAUAGAUUGAGACUUGAAAAAGCUGGCUAACUUUUUCAAGUUUUAAUGCUAUGCCUGCAAAAUCACCAAAAAAUUAUUAUAGAUAUAGAGGAUAUUACAUGGCCGCGCGGAGAUACGAAAUUUCUCUUCGAGUGUUGAAAAAUAUUUCACGAGUGAGCACAGCGAACGAGUGAAAUAUUUUCAACACGAGAAGAGAAAUUUUGUAUCUCCAAGCGGCCAUGUAAUGUUCUAUUUAUUAUAUAGACACCAAUGAAAUACCAAACCAUUUCAAUGAAACAGUUUUUUCCUGCAAAAGGCGCGAUUUAUUAUGUAGCCAUAGCAACGGUGAUAUUUUCACAUGUGAAGAUAACAUGUUAUUUUCACAUGUGAAGAUAUGAAGUUUUCGCGCGAAAGCUCACGCGGUAUUUCAUUGGUGUUUAUAUAAUAAAUAGUGCUCUCUUAUGAAAUUUGUUUGAUGUUAUUUUCCUCAUAACUCAACAGGAGCAGUAAUGACUUUAGUACAGAAUUGACCUUAAACAGCUCUAACCUCUUCACAUGAACUCUUUAUAUGAAAAUCCUUUAUUUAAACCUUUCACUUUUAGUAUUCCUUUUGCUUUUUGCACUUUCGUUUUUGGGCAUAUGACAGUGCUAACAAUUAACACUUGCAAACUUGAAAAUGUGAUUGGUUUUUGUAAGUUGGGAGUAUAGUAAACAUUUGGGAGUGAUCAUUUUUCCAGUAACAAUGUGAGAAAGGAAAUGUAUGUUGUUAAAGAAUUUGUGGAAAAAAUGGCUUUGUAUAAAAAUUGAAUAAUACAAGAGAAAGUAGGCAGGCUUCAUGUCACCCAGUGGUCAUCCCUUUUGUGUAUAGAGGUGGCCAUCUUGUGGAGGUAGGGAUUGUGUGAAGUUUGGUACCGGAACUACUGUACGAAAUUAAGAGGCGUCUGUGUUAUGAACUUUCUUUAAGCCAGACAGGUUUGGGACCGUCUGAGAGAGUUGUCCAUUUUGUAUAAAGUCAAAGGAAUGGACAAAGGAAAGGGAGGGACCAACUGUAGGUUUCCGUUUUAGGCAUUUGUCCGGCUUGUAGAGUUGUCCAUGAAGAGGUAGUUGAAGAACAUUUAUAUUAUGCAGACCAUUCGUCAAAUGGUCGCCCACUACAGGUUAAAACGUACGGGAAAUUAUCAAAUCGUCAAUCCAAAAAGUGAUCGUGGUGGCUUGCUAUAGGUGGUCGUUUAUGAGAGGUUCAAACUACAGGCUUUUAACUAGGAAAAUGUUGGUGGGAGGUGUUAGCUUACGAGAGGUGGUCGCACAUGGAGAGGAAUGACUGUAUAUGGAUAUAAAAUCAGAUCAUGCAUCAUAUUCACGCGACAUUUCUCUUUCUCUGAUUUGCAGUUGAUACCUGAGCUGAAGAAGAACAUCAAAAAGGGUGAAGAGUUUGUUUUAGGAAAGUGAAUGACGUGUUUCUGCACAGCGUGAAGUUCGACUCGCUACAGCUAUUUUAGCUUAUUUCAAUAGUACCAUGUAAAUUAGUGGUAGUUUGAUUUAUCGAAGGAAUGUGCAAACUCAGAGUUACUUUUAAAACAAGUGUUUCUGUACGUUCAUUUGGUCUGUUUCGUCAUUUAAUUUUGGCUUUUAGGUUGACUUGUUUUAGUCACCAUAUAGAGUUUCAAAGAAGAAUAUUCAUCCUUGUCUCAGUCGAAGUGCUAUCGCUUUAAAUGUUCAGCUUUCAGUCCCUCUGCGCUGUCAACUUACCUCAGUUACCUGUCAACUUUGUACACAAAACUCAGUUUCGAUGAAACGCAUCGAUCCUCAGUUUCUGAAUAUUAUCCAACCACUCAAUUUUUCCUCCCUAUUCACCUUUACGUACGCAGACAAGAAGCAUAGCUACUAACUAUGCAGGUGGCGAC